ACGACGAACGUGUAAAUCAAGAUGGACGAAACAAAGUCUCCUCUACGUGAAUCGAAAUGUGACAAACGUAGUGUUACGCGAAGCAUGGUGUUCGAUGACGACAUUGACGGUUGGAUGUCGAGAAAGCCAAAAGAUGAGACCAAAAAAAUUACUGAAGUGGUGCACGGUAAGAGCAGGAUCGACCGGGAUUCUGAAGUAUACGACAUGAAUCACAAACGAAGGGGUGUAGCGAUCAUUUUCAAUCACAUCCAUUUCAAGAAACUGGCGACAAGGAAGAACGCGGACAAGGAUUCGUCAGAGCUAGCGUCAGCGUUGAGGAACCUUGGGUUUGAGGUUCGAGUCUACAUCGAUCCGAAUCUCAAAACAAUUUCGUCGGUCUUGCAAACAACCUCAGCGGAAGACCACACGGACGCCGACUGUCUGGUUAUAGCUGCUAUGUCGCACGGGGAAUCGGGUUUCCUGUUUUCGGCUGAUUCGGUGUACUCUGCCGAUUCACUAUGGACCCCUUUCACUGCUAACCGGUGUCCCACCUUGGCUGGCAAGCCGAAAUUAUUUUUUAUUCAGGCAUGCCGUGGGACGCAGACGGACAGUGGGGUGGAGAUAAGACAGGAGACAGAUAGCGCAACUGCUUACACUAUACCCAGCUUUGCGGAUAUUUUGGUCGCAUACUCUACUUAUGACGGCUUCUAUUCGAUGCGAAACAGCGACACCGGUUCGUGGUUCAUACAGGCCCUUUGCCGUGAGCUGAAUAAAAAUGGAAAGACCCACGAUCUGCUCAGGAUAAUGACUUCGGUGAUCCGGCACGUCGCCAUUGACUAUCAAUCGUACGCGCCCCACGCGCCGAAUAUCCACAAGAAAAAGCAGGUUCCGUCUAUAGUUUCCAUGUUGACACGGUUAGUGUACUUUUCCAAGGACGAGAUGGACGAUGCAUUGAAAACUGCAAGACGCUCCAGAUUAUCUUUGGACUUCUAAGCGGCAAUUCGACGGUUAAUAAUAAUCUUCCAGAGACGUAAGAAACGCCUAGGAACGAAAGAGACGAGAGAAACACGACGGAUCUAUUUUUCUCUUUGUCAUCCUCUUGUACACCGAGUGUAUAUUUGCGCCGGAAGAUUCUGUUCCUCUUUUUGUCGGUUUCUUUCCCCCACCCGUUGGGGAAACUGAGUUUCCCCGGCGAGAUUUCGAACGAGCACCAGCAGGCUGAUGAUCCUCCGCAAAUUUUCCCGGUUAAUAUCGCGACGGGAUCCAAUUAUACGCAAAACUAGCGUUGACCAUUGUGAAAAUUUUCAGCCGUACACCGUUUAAUUAAUGUGCGAUGGUAAUUGAUAUGUUCGAUACGGGGAGAACGUGGAAUACCGAUGUAGCCAUUAUGAAAAAGGUUAAUACGUGUACCGGGGCAAAGAGAGUUUUGUGACAUGGUUCGUUUGAAUAUUAAAAAUAAUGAAAGAUUAUUCAACUGUAGCUUCUAUUUGAGGUGCUUCGAUUAAACCUUUCGAAUCAUUUAAUUACCAAUUUUAAAUACGUAACGUUGGAUUGCUGCAAAGAUGACGAAUCAUUUUUCUUGAUACAACCAUAUUUUCACUAUUGUAGAAAUACAGUAAAUUCUCCACAAGUGUCAGUCCGUAAGGAACCUAAACCUGACACUUGUAGAGUUA